UUGAAGUAAUCUAUGAUCUGAUGUGUUCUCGUUCAUGUUGAUUCACAUUUUUUCAAACUGUUCUAAAUCUUUAAUUUUGGCUUUAAAUAUAUAGAUUUUGAAAUGACAGAACAAAAGAAACAAGAUAAAAAAGCAGGAAAAGUUCCUACCAAGGAAGAAGUAAUAGGAGGGUUCCAAACUUUAAGAGCAGAACAGAGACAAUUUUCUUCAAAAUUAGCCGAAUUCGAAGCAGAACUCAAUGAACACAACAUUGUAAUAGAGACAUUGAAAAAUGUGAAUGAAGAUAGAAAGUGCUUCAGGCUUAUAGGAGGAGUACUUACAGAACGUAAAGUUAAAGAUGUCCUACCUGCGUUAGUAACAAAUACUGAAAAACUGAAGGAACUCAUUGAAAAACUCAACGAAACGAUCACCAAAAAGGGAGUAGAAAUCAAUGAAUAUAGGGAAAAGUAUAAUAUUCGAUUCCAAGGAUUAGAUGGACCCAAACAAGAAGAGAAUAAAGAAGCUGUUGCAUCAACAGAAAGCAGAGGAAAUGUGCUUGUUUCUUCUUAGUCGUUUGGCAUUCAUCGAGUUUGAAAAAGACUUUUUAUUGCAAUUUUUUUUCGUAUAAACGUCAUUUCAUUCAAAGAAACUAAAACCAUUGGGUAUGACAACAGUUUGUAGUUAUUGUGUUAUAAUGCAAAUUGAAAGAGAACUAUUGAAGUCAUCUAUCCUAAAAUUGUCUGACUUUUCUGCUUAUACACUGAUUUCAAUUUUACAUUUUGAAAAUAACAUAUUUGUAUCAUCUGCUUGAAAUGAAAUGAGAUUCAUUAUUUAUCAAUUAAAUAAGAUUAACAUUAAAGCGAUUUCACAAAGAA